AUGGCCGAUCUUUUACCAGUCCCUAAAGCUUUCAAAAAAGAUGACGAUGGGCAAGAGACAACUGUUGAGCUAACAAACCUGACAGGAAGCUCUCAAUAUAAUCAUCCAACUAGUAAUGUUGCUAAAGGUUCUGGGUUUACUUUACAUACAAAUGAUGCAGAAGCUCAAUCAAAUGACAGAGCUCUAUCCGAAUCACACCCAGCUGUUCAUGAGAUUAAUGAAAAUGAAGAUGAGAAUGUUUUACUGUUGGAUCAAGAUUUGGAAUUCCCAGAAGGUGGGCUAAAGCCUAACUUGGUUGUUUUCGGCUCAUUUAUGGGUCUUGUGCCAGUUUUUGGUAUGACUAACUCAAGUGGUGCUAUUGAAGCUUAUGUUUCCUCACAUCAAUUGGCUAACGUUGGUACAAGUGCGGUAUCAUGGAUUUUCUCUAUCAAUAUUUUUAUUGCUUUCAGUUCUAGUAUUUUCUCUGGUUCUUUUUUCGAUAGAAAUGGAGCAAGAGCUCCAAUGUUAAUAGGUGCUAUAUUAUUUUCUGCAGGAUUAUUUGCUACAGGUAAUUCAACAACUGUUUAUCAGUUUGUUCUUUCAUAUGGUGUUGUUAAUGGGUUAGGUUUAGGUAUGAUGAUGAGUCCCUUGAUCGGUGUUGUAUCUCACUAUUUCAAAAGAAACAGAGCUACUGCCCUUAGUUGUGCCACUACAGGGGGGUCUAUAGGUGGUAUUGUAUUCCCAUUGAUUUUAAGAUCUCUUUAUCCAAAAGUUGGAUUUCAAUGGGCUUUAAGAAUUGUAUCUUUCAUUUGUUUAUUUUGCUUUGCCUUGUCUUUAAUCUUUGUUAAAGAAAGAUUUUCCAAUAAAGUUGAACAUGUUGUGGAAGAAGGAGAUCAAGAGCAAAGAAGAUCAACUAAACUUAAAAAUUUCAUCAAAACUUAUUUCUUAGAUAUAUUUGAUUAUAAAUCAUUGUUGGAACCAAAAUUUUUGUUUUGUACAUUAGCUGUUGCAUUAUCGGAAUCUUCACUCUUUGUUAUAAUUAUCAAUUUCCCUUCUUAUGCAAUUAAAAGAGGUUUCAGUGAAAACACAUCAUAUCUAUUAAUUACUAUUGUCAACACAACAGGGGUUUUAGGUCGUUAUAUUCCAGGUUAUAUUGCAGACAAAUUCCUUGGUGGAUUCAAUGUUGUUAUGUUAACAUUAUUCGGUUGUCUUCUGAUCAGUUUUAUUUUAUGGCUUCCAUUUGGUUAUAGUUUGAAAAUACUGUAUUCAUAUGCAGCUUUAUAUGGAUUCUGUUCUGGCUCAAUUUUAUCUUUAUCACCAGUUUGUUGUGGUCAAAUAUCAAGAACUGAUCAAUUUGGAAAAAGAUUUAGUACAAUGUAUUUGAUUGUCUCUGUUGUGGUUCUUGUCUGUAUCCCAAUCGGUGGUGCUGUUAUUGGUGAUGGCUCAAUUGAUCGUUAUAAUAAGAUGAUCAUUUAUGCUGGGAUGUUGAAUGUUGGUGGUAUAAUAUCUUAUUUUAUGUGUAGAUAUUUUUGUGUUGGAUUGAAAUUAUGUAAAUUUUGA